GCGCCUUUUCCUCGCCCUUUUCAAUCACUUUCUUCGUUCCUCGUCCCCACGUCCUCACGCCCUCACGCCCUCCGAGUUAAAUCUUUCUCGGUCACGCAUCAAGUCUCUUUUCUUUGGCAGGCACAUCAACUCGAUUCAGUGACCAUACCUCGGGCUGAGAGCACCACGUCCGCCCACAUCAUCUUUGCAAGCCGUUCGAAAUAAUGGGUUUAUUCGACUUGACCCUUGGCCCCAUCCUCAUGGGGUCCAUGAUGAAUGUUCUUCUUCUGGGCGUCAUGAUAAUGCAAUCUUACAUUUAUUUUGAACGCUAUAAAAAUGAUAAGACGUGGUUGAAGGCUGUGGUCUGCCUUCUUCUUGUUCUAGAUUCUUUGAGUGCUGCAUUCGCUAUGGACAUGACGUACAACUAUCUUGUGACGAACUUUGCCAACCUUGAGGCUAUUCAAAUUACCAACUUAGGAAUCACUCCUUAUCCACUCCUCACAGGAAUAACGGCAUUUGUCGUACAAAAUUUCUUCGCGUGGAGGAUCAGAUUGCUCACUGGAAACAAAUUUUUGGCAUAUUCCGUUUGUGCGCUUUCCACCGUUCAACUCCUUGCAAGCAUCGGCACGAUGAUUGGUGGGAUUAUUGUCAAGUAUUUCAUUGAUUUGGAAAAGGUCAAACAGGUGUCUCUGAUCUGGUUGCUGGGCUCGGUGGUUACGGACGCUAUCAUCACUGUUACUCUUGUGUGGUACCUCCGGGCACACCGUACCGGCUUUGCCUCAACUGACCAUCUUACUGGACGCAUUAUUCGAAUGACGGUGCAGACUGGUCUGCUCACCACAACAUGCGCUUUGGGUGUGGUCAUUGCAUAUUUAGUUUCUACGAACACGACGAUGCACUUGGCAUUCGGCUUGCCGUUGUCCAAGCUGUAUACUAACUCUCUCAUGUCCUCACUCAAUGCUCGCAAAGCUUGGAAUCCUGCGGGGUACACGGCAGAAAUAUCUGGAUCGAGGACUGGUAUCAAUUCACAGUUUACACAUGGUCGUGUGUAUAGUGCCGGUAAUGGAUUCGUUGCCCACGUGAGUCGACCCACCACGCACACAUUAUACCCCCUUCCCUCGCUAGACUCGCUGACUAACCUGGUGGUCACCUUCUCCACAGAACCCAAGCCCGGUAGACGACGACCCGACUCUGGAUAAUCACGAACUGGAGUUCAGGAAGAACGAUGCUCUGUCGACCAACUCGGCGAACAAAGUUCCAUUCUUGGUGUAAUAUAUCUUUUUUGAUACCUCUGAUACCUUUGACGUAAAACGCCAGGUUUUACUGUACCUAGUGGAGCGUCCUUCACCUACGUUGUACUAUGCUUUUAUCUCUCGCUCUGCAGGUCCUUUGCCUGUUUCUUGCAUUUACGAUAACUAAUCUAUUCACUCACAUUACUAUGGAC